AUGAACAAUUGUGGAGGUGGAGUCGGCGCUGGUGUAGGAACUGGGAGUGGAGCUUACGACGCUAAAAUAGCUGGAUUAUAUGAUUUGCUUGACACUCUUGGCUCAGGUCACUUUGCUGUUGUAAAAUUAGCCAGGCAUGUUUUCACUGGAGAAAAAGUGGCAGUGAAAGUAAUUGACAAAAGCAAGCUAGAUGAUGUCUCAAAAUCGCAUUUAUUUCAAGAGGUUCGGUGCAUGAAACUGGUGCAACAUCCAAAUGUUGUACGACUUUAUGAAGUAAUAGAUACUGCGACUAAGUUGUAUUUAAUAUUAGAAUUAGGGGAUGGAGGUGACUUAUAUGACUAUAUUAUGAGACAUGAAUCUGGUCUCUCAGAAUCUCAUGCCCGUGAUUACUUUCGACAAAUAGUUCGUGCAAUCUCAUACUGUCACAGGUUACAUGUUGUGCAUCGAGACCUCAAACCAGAAAAUGUUGUAUUUUUUGAAAAAUUAGGAGUAGUUAAAUUGACUGACUUUGGAUUUAGUAAUAAGUUUUGUCCAGGACAAAAAUUGGAGACUUCAUGUGGUUCAUUGGCAUAUUCAGCUCCUGAGAUUCUUUUAGGAGACUCUUAUGAUGCACCAGCAGUUGAUGUAUGGUCACUUGGUGUAAUACUGUAUAUGUUAGUGUGUGGACAAGCUCCUUUUCAGGAAGCAAAUGACAGCGAAACUCUCACUAUGAUUAUGGAUUGCAAAUACACUAUGCCAGUUCAUGUAUCCAAUCCAUGUAAAAGGCUCAUAGGUAGAAUGCUUGUCCGAGAACCGGAAAAGCGUGCGACACUAUCUGAAAUCGCUACAGAUCCAUGGGUCACGGCAGGCGAGGGUAUCACUGUAGAAGACUGUGACACACCCUUAGUUACCAAACAAGACUUGACCGAAGAAGACAGAGCUGCUAUUUUACAGAAAAUGGUGAAUGGUUCUAUUGCCAGCAAGGAACACAUUCUUGAAGAAUUGGAAAAAAAUGAAUACAAUCAUAUUACUGCAACUUAUUAUUUACUCGCUGAAAGAAAAUUAAGAUCUAAAAGACAAGAAGCGCGGCAGCGGGCGCGGCGGCCCGAUGCGCUGGGCGUGGCGCGCGCGGCGCGCGGCCUGCUGGCGCCGCCGCCGCUGCCCGCCGCGCCGCGCACGCCGCAGGACGUGCCCCCGAGGUCGCGCAAGUGCAGCAUAGUGCGGGAGGAGGAGGACGACGAGGAGGGCGCGGUGGCGGCGCGCAGCGCGGACGCGCGUCGCGGCUCGCGCUCCGAGGGCCGCCUGCACCUCGCGCGCCCCGCGCAGCUUGCCGACAACCUUACUAAGGUGAAUCUCGAGCCGGAGCCCCCGGUGGCGGUGCGCGCGCCGCCCGCGCCCGCGCCCGCGCGCCGCCAGCGCGUGGAGUGCCGCCGCCGCCGCGCGCGCGCCGGCUCCUGCUCCUCCUCCGACCUGUCCGACGACGACUCGGAGAAGAAGAAGCGUGCGGCCGAGAGCGCGGCGGCGCCGGCCGAGCGCGCGCGCCGCGACUCGCACGACGACUCCAGCGACAGCCAGGAGCGCCGCCCCGCGCGCCCGCCGCCCGCGCCCGCGCCCGAGCCCGCGUCCGCGCCCGCGACUACGCACGGCGGUAGUUCGUCGAGUGGCGGCGGCGGUGGCAGUGGUGGGGGAGGAGGGGGAGGGGGAGACGCGCGCGGGGGAGGAGGAGGAGGGGGAGGGGGGAGGCGACGCCGCGCCGCGCGCAAGGAGAGUCGGUUGCGGGAGUCGCGUUCACUCAAUCGUAUCGCUGAGGUGGAGGAGGCGAGCGCGGCGAGCGCGGCGCGCUGGGGCGGCGGCGGGCUGGUGGCGCUGUGCGGGCGCCCGCUGCUGCGCCUGCUGGCCGCAGCGCGCCCCGCGCCCUCCGCGCGCCGCCUGCACGGCCUCUGC